AUGGCGGAUUUAGCCAAGCCAAAUGACACUAAGCCUAGAAAACGAGUUGCAGUCAUAGGAGGUGGAUGUGCUGGACUCACCUCUAUCAAGCAAUGUUUGGAUGAAAAGGAUCGUCUAGAGGUGGUUGCAUUCGAGCAGGAGCCAUACACUGGUGGAUUAUGGCGGUAUGUUGAUGUGACAGAGGAGAAUCCCAAUCCUCAUUCGUCCGUCUACAAGAGCAUUACCAUCAAUGUAUCCAAAGAAAUGAUGACCUUCUCCGACUUUGCCAUCCCUGGCAGUUGGCCAACCUACCUUCACCACAGAAAGAUUGUCCAAUAUUUCGAUAUGUAUGCCGAGCGAUAUAAAUUGAAGGAUCAUAUCCGUUUCAGCACCAAAGUGGUCGAGGUCCAAGAGCUAAAGGAUGAAGGUAACCGCUGGCUCGUACGAUUCCAUCCAGUAACGACCACUGCGACCACUUCUGCAGAUUUUGUGGUCCAAGAAGAGAUCUUUGAUUAUGUAAUGAUGUGUACUGGUCACCACUCAGUCCCUCGGUAUCCAUCCUUUCCUGGAAUGGAUCCUGAUGACCUCGAUGCCUUCACAGGACAGCAGAUCCACUCACAUUUCUAUCGAGAGCCUAAUCAAUUUAAAGAGCAGAAUGUACUCGUGGUUGGACUUGGCAAUAGUGGGGCAGAUCUAGCAGUUGAAUUAUCACAGGGUCAAUCACCGGUAUACUUGUCGCGGAGAACUCCUGUCUGGAUACUUCCUCGUUGGCUACUAGGCAAACCUAUGGAUCAUUUCAUUACUCGAUUUAUAUACAUGCUUCCCGCGAUCCUUGUUCAAUGGACCUUAAUGUUUUUGAUCAAAUUGACAUUCCCUAAACUGCACCCAUUGAUGAAACCAAAGCAUAGAGUAUUUAUGACCAAUACAGUCAUUAGUGCUUCGCUGCAUGAGCGGACCAACACUGGUAUGGUUGUGCCAAAGGUCAAUAUUAAGCGAAUUGGACCAGGAAAGCGAGUGGAGUUUGAGGAUGGCUCAUCUUUGGAGGAUAUCGAUACGAUCAUGUGGUGUACAGGCUAUCAGGUCAGCUACCCAACCUUGGAUCCAGAGAUCCUUUCAAGUAGCAGUGGUGGGAAUGGGGACAACCAGGCCCAAUUAUGGAAGUUUAUGUUUUCUCCUCGACAUCCCAACAUUGCAUUCAUUGGCCUCAUCCGACCUAAAGGCGCAUUUGCUCCAGUGCUCGAGAUGCAGAGCCGAUUUGUGUGUCAAGUCUGGGCAGACCGUUCACUCACACCUAUCCCUAGUCCAGAUCAAAUGGAGGAAGAAAUCGUCAAGGAACAGAGAGAGACUCAAAAGGAGUGGGGAGCUAACCAUAUGAUCCAAUUUGAUUCAUAUCCCUAUAUGGAUAAACUGGCUAAACGCAUUGGGUGCUAUCCAAGCUAUUCAAAGCUCGUGAGGCGGUUUGGACUGGUAGAAGGGACACGUUUGAAGAUAGAGGCAAUCUUUGGUCCCCCUUUUCCAAUGUUUUAUCGGCUGGUAGGGCCUCACCCUUGGAUGGCAGUUGGUGAUGGAAAGGCCUUGCCGGGAGACCCAGCUCGAGAGGUGAUAUGGGGAUAUAGAGGAUGUAAAGAGUAUCAAGGCUCCAAGUACUUGAGAGAUGAAAGUGAGUCGCUGUUGAAGACUGGAGCCUAGGAUGAUCAUUGAAAGUC